AUAUGUAUAUAAAGCGACGAAGCAAUCGGUUCAGUCAAAUUGCAGCGGAGUAGAAGGUUGCGCCAUUUUAGCUGAAGAUGGCCUACGUAGAAGACUCCAAUGCACCCUUAAGGGAAUGUAAAAGGAUCCAGUUCGGCAUUUUAAGUCCAGAUGAAAUCCGACGUAUGUCGGUCACAGAAGGGGGUAUUAAAUACCCGGAAACAAUGGAAGCUGGUCGUCCAAAACUUGGUGGCCUCAUGGACCCUCGACAAGGGACCACUGACAGACUGUCCCGAUGCCAAACUUGUGCUGGCAACAUGACUGAGUGUCCUGGACAUUUUGGCCACGUUGAAUUGGCAAAACCUGUUUAUCAUAUUGGCUUUUUGGUGAAGACCAUUAAAAUAAUCCGAUGUGUCUGCUUCUUCUGUUCAAAACUCUUGAUGGACUCGCAAAACCCUAAAAUCAAAGAUAUUGUGAACAAGUCAAAAGGUUACCCACGUAAACGUCUUGCUCACGUGUAUGAUCUCUGCAAAGGAAAGCGUAUUUGUGAAGGUGGAGAUGAAAUGGAUGUUAGCAAGAAUGAAAGUGAAAUGGAACAAAUGAAAAAAGGUCAUGGUGGAUGUGGUCGUUUCCAACCUAAAAUACGUCGGAUGGGUUUGGAUUUGAUAGCAGAGUGGAAGCAAGUGAAUGAAGAUUCACAGGAGAAGAAAAUUACCCUAACAGCUGAACGAGUUUUGGAAAUAUUUAAAAGAAUAUCGGAUGAAGAAUGCCACAUUAUUGGAAUGGAUCCCAAAUAUUCUCGCCCAGACUGGAUGAUAGUUACUGUAUUACCUGUGCCUCCCCUGCCCAUGAGGCCAGCUGUCGUUAUGUAUGGUUCUGCCAGAAAUCAGGAUGACUUAACACACAAAUUGGCAGAUAUUGUCAAAGCAAACAACCAGCUUCGUAAAAACGAACAAAAUGGAGCUGCUGCUCAUAUUAUAGCAGAAGACACCAAAAUGUUGCAGUAUCAUGUGGCAACAUUAGUAGAUAAUGAACUGCCAGGUUUACCUCGGGCUGUACAAAAAUCUGGCCGCCCAUUAAAAUCCAUAAAACAACGCUUGAAAGGAAAAGAGGGCCGCGUUCGUGGCAACUUGAUGGGAAAGCGUGUAGACUUUUCAGCUCGUACUGUUAUCACACCUGACCCCAAUCUACGGAUUGAUCAAGUUGGAGUCCCGAGAAGUAUUGCACAAAAUUUAACCUUCCCAGAAAUUGUCACACCAUUCAAUAUUGACAGAAUGCAUGAUUUGGUCAAUCGAGGUGCCAAUCAAUACCCUGGUGCUAAAUAUAUUAUCAGAGACAAUGGUGAAAGAAUUGAUCUACGAUACCAUCCUAAAGCUUCAGAUCUCCAUUUACAAAUUGGUUACAAGGUUGAGAGACACAUGCAGACCAAUGACGUUGUCAUCUUUAAUCGACAACCAACACUUCACAAAAUGAGUAUGAUGUGUCACAGAGUAAAAGUUCUACCUUGGUCUACAUUUAGAUUAAAUUUAAGUGUAACAACCCCUUACAAUGCUGAUUUUGAUGGUGAUGAAAUGAAUCUUCACUUGCCUCAAUCUUUGGAGACAAAAGCAGAAAUUUACAACCUGGCUGCUGUACCUCGUAUGAUUCUCACUCCUCAAGCCAACCGGCCUGUCAUGGGUAUUGUACAGGACACACUUGCAGCUGUCAGGAAAAUGACAAAACGGGAUGUCUUUUUAACCAGAGCUCAGAUGAUGAACUUACUCAUGUACCUUCCACGAUGGGAUGGGCGCAUGCCUCCUCCUGCUAUUUUCAAACCCAAACCACUGUGGACUGGAAAACAGCUCUUUUCUCUGAUCAUCCCAGGACGUGUUAAUUGUAUCCGUUCACACAGCACUCACCCUGAUUCUGAAGAUGAAGGACCUUACAAAUGGAUAUCUCCAGGAGACACAAAAGUUCUUAUUGAAGAUGGUGAACUGCUGUCUGGUAUUUUGUGCAAAAAGACUCUUGGUACAUCUGCUGGUUCUUUGGUUCAUAUUGUCUUCUUGGAGUUAGGGUAUGAAUGUGCUGGCCUACUGUAUGGUGAUAUUCAAACUGUUGUGAAUAACUGGCUUCUUCUAGAGGGACAUAGCAUUGGUAUUGGAGAUACCAUUGCUGAUCCAUCAACAUAUCGUGCAAUCCAGGACACCAUUCUAAGGGCUAAGAGUGAAGUGAAAGAAGUAAUUCAGAAAGCCCACAAUGAUGAAUUGGAACCAAGUCCUGGUAAUACCUUGAGACAGACUUUUGAAAAUCAGGUGAAUCGUAUUUUAAAUGAUGCCAGAGACAAGACAGGUAGUGCUGCUCAGCGCUCAUUGUCAGAAUACAACAACUUCAAAGCUAUGGUUGUAGCUGGUUCGAAAGGAUCAAAAAUUAAUAUUUCACAGGUUAUUGCUUGUGUAGGCCAACAGAACGUUGAUGGCAAAAGGAUUCCUUUUGGAUUCCGACAUAGAACUUUACCCCACUUCAUCAAAGACGAUUACGGCCCAGAAUCAAGGGGUUUUGUAGAGAACUCCUAUCUGGCUGGCUUGACUCCUUCAGAAUUUUUCUUUCAUGCCAUGGGAGGUCGUGAAGGUCUUAUUGAUACAGCUGUGAAAACAGCUGAGACUGGGUAUAUUCAGAGACGUCUGAUAAAAGCUAUGGAAAGUGUAAUGGUAAAAUAUGAUGGAACAGUCCGAAACCAGGUAGAGCAACUUAUUCAGUUACGUUAUGGUGAAGAUGGUUUGGAUGCCUGCUGUGUAGAGUUUCAGCAGAUGCCUACUUUGAAACCCUCCAAUAUUGCCUUUGAGAAGAAAUUCAAAUUUGAUGCUUCCAAUGAGCGUAAUAUGAAGAAAUGUUUGACUGAAGAAACAAUGAAGAGUUUGAUGAGUGAUCCACAUUCUAUUGCUGAACUUGAACGAGAGUGGGAACAACUUACUUCUGACAGAAAUAUCUUGCGAACCAUUUUUGACAAAGGAGACAACAAAGUUGUUCUUCCUUGUAAUUUACAAAGACUGAUUUGGAAUGCACAGAAAAUCUUUCGGAUUGAUAAAAGAAAACCAUCUGAUCUUCAUCCUCUGAAAGUUGUUGAAGGUGUUCGUCAGUUGUGCAAGAAGCUGUGCAUUGUGGCAGGCGAGGACCGAUUGAGUGUAAUUGCUAAUGAGAAUGCAACCCUUUUGAUGAAAUGCUUAAUCCGAUCAACAUUGUGUGCAAAACGGGUGGCUGAAGAAUACAGGCUUUCUACAGAAGCUUUUGAAUGGCUCUUGGGUGAAAUUGAAACUCGCUUUCAACAGGCUCAGGCCCAACCUGGUGAAAUGUGUGGUGCAUUAGCUGCUCAGUCUUUGGGAGAACCUGCCACUCAGAUGACAUUGAACACUUUCCAUUAUGCUGGUGUGUCGGCCAAAAACGUAACCUUAGGUGUGCCUAGGUUAAAAGAAAUCAUUAACAUCUCAAAGAAACCCAAAACCCCUUCUCUUACAGUCUAUCUAACUGGUCAGUCAGCAAGAGAUGCUGAAAAAGCGAAGGAUGUCUUACAUCGUCUGGAACACACGACAUUGCGGAAGGUUACAGGGAAUACUGCCAUACAUUAUGAUCCUGAUCCUCAAAAUACAACCAUUGCUGAAGAUCAAGACUGGGUCAAUGUCUACUAUGAAAUGCCAGACUUUGAUGUGUCACGUAUUUCUCCCUGGUUACUUCGCAUUGAACUGGACCGGAAAAGAAUGACUGAUAAAAAAUUGACAAUGGAACAGAUUUCAGAAAAAAUCACUGCAGGAUUUGGAGAUGACUUGAAUUGUAUUUUUAAUGAUGACAAUGCUGAAAAGUUAGUCCUUCGAAUCCGAAUCAUGAGCUCAGAUGAAGGUAAAAUGCAAGAGGAAGAAGAUAUUGUUGAUAAAAUGGAAGAUGAUGUUCUGUUGCGCUGUAUUGAAGCCAAUAUUCUAACAGACAUGACUCUGCAAGGCAUUGAGUCAAUUUCCAAGGUGUACAUGCAUUUACCAACAACUGAUGACAAAAAACGUAUCCACAUUACUGAUGAUGGUGAAUUUAAAGCAGUUGCUGAAUGGAUUCUUGAAACUGAUGGGACUGCUCUGAUGAAAGUAAUCAGUGAAAAAGAUGUUGACAAGUGUCGAACUACAUCUAACGAUAUAGUUGAAAUCUUCUCGUCACUUGGAAUUGAAGCUGUUCGAAAAUCAAUUGAAAAAGAGAUGAACCAUGUAAUUUCUUUUGAUGGUUCAUAUGUAAAUUACCGACAUUUGGCCUUGUUAUGUGAUGUUAUGACAGCUAAAGGUCAUUUAAUGGCAAUCACUCGUCAUGGUGUUAACAGACAAGAAACUGGUGCAUUAGCUCGGUGUUCUUUUGAAGAAACCGUUGAUAUUUUGAUGGAAGCAGCUUCUCAUUCAGAAAUUGAUCCAAUGAAAGGUGUCUCGGAGAACAUAAUGGUGGGGCAACUUGCACGGAUUGGCACCGGUAGUUUUGAUUUACUUCUUGAUGGGGACAAGUGCAAAUUUGGUAUGGAAAUACCAUCCAAUGUUGGCCCUGGCAUGCUUGGUACUGGUAUGGGCACUGGAAUGUUCUUUGGAUCUGGUGGAAGUCCUAUGACUGGAAUGUCACCACAGAUGACACCAUGGCUCACAAGUGCCACACCUGGUUAUAUCGGCUCUUGGUCCCCUGGUAUUGGAAGUGGAAUGACACCUGGUGGUGCUGGCUUUUCACCAUCAGCUGCAAGUGAAAGUGGUUGCAGUCCCGGCUACAAUGCAUACUGGUCUCCCCUCAGUGGAUCUCCGUCAUCGCCAGGCAGUGCUUACAUUCCGAGCCCUGGUGGCGCACUGUCUCCAAGUUAUUCACCUAAAUCUCCUGUUUAUGUACCUGUGUCACCAGCUAUGACACCACACAGCCCUAGCUAUUCUCCAUCAAGUACAUCAUAUUCCCCUGCAAGUCCUGCUUAUUCUCCAUCUUCACCAAGCUAUAGCCCAACAUCACCAUCUUACUCACCUACCAGUCCUUCUUAUAGCCCAACUUCACCCUCUUAUUCUCCAACCAGCCCCUCCUACUCUCCAACUAGCCCAUCAUACUCCCCUACCAGUCCUAGUUAUAGUCCUACUUCCCCCUCAUAUUCUCCAACCAGUCCUAGUUACAGCCCCACAUCUCCUUCUUACUCUCCAACCAGCCCUAGCUAUAGCCCCACUUCUCCUUCUUACUCUCCAACCAGUCCUUCUUAUUCUCCAACAAGUCCAUCUUAUUCUCCGACUAGCCCUAGUUAUAGCCCAGCAAGCCCCAGUUACUCGCCUUCCUCUCCUAAUUACAGUGCUACCAGCCCUUCAUAUUCUCCAACUAGCCCAUCUUACUCUCCUACUAGUCCGUCAUACUCUCCCACCAGCCCCAACUAUAGUCCUAGCUCUCCUAGCUACAGUCCUAGCAGUCCAAGUUACUCCCCCAGCAGUCCGAAAUACAGCCCUACAUCCCCUUCUUACUCUCCUACAUCACCAUCUUACUCUCCAACUUCUCCUUCUUACUCUCCUACUUCUCCUCAGUAUUCUCCUUCUUCUCCAAAAUAUUCUCCCACAAGCCCUGCAUACUCUCCCAGCAGUCCAAAAUACACACCCACAUCAACUUAUUCUCCUGCUUCACCAAAAUACAGCCCUACUUCUCCUGAGUACAGCCCAACGUCCCCUCAAUAUAGUUUGACUUCUCCUAGAUACUCUCCAACCAGUCCUACUUUCAGCCCAACUAGCCCCAAAUAUUCCCCGACCAGUCCAACAUCAAGUCCCAAAUACUCUCCUACCAGCCCUACAUACAGCCCCACAAGUCCUAAAUAUUCUCCAACUAGUCCCACAUAUUCUCCUAGUUCACCAAAACCUUCUCCAGCCAGUCCGAUUUACAGCCCAACUGAUGAUGAUGAUGAUAAAGAAACAUAAGCUUAUGGAGAAUUAGGACCAACAUACACUACAGAAACUAUACAUAUAUACUUAUACACACAACUAGACAUUCAUCAUAUAAUACACUGAUAUACACACACACC